GCCUGAACUCGUCGGCCAGUCAACAGAACCAGGGUCGCUCCUCCCUCGCGUGGAGCUCCGGAGAGCCACACUCCUGGAAACCCUAGCUUGAGGGAGCUUCUAUACGUAGAAUGAGAAGCACUGCAAUUUUGAAUGGUUUCUUUUACCUUUGAAAUUUCACUUUUCUUGGCGGAUCAUUUGAAAUUGAAAGCUAUUCAUCUCUGGAAGAGGCUAUCCAGCAUUGAUUUGUCAGAAUCUCUAAUUACUAGAUAAAAUUUCCUGCACUAUGCCGGCAAUUCAAAGGCUUUAUGAAGCCUGCAAAGCAUCAUUCUCUGCAAAUGGACCAGCGUCACCAGAAGCUCUUGAAAAUGUCCGUACUAUGUUAGAUAAGAUAAAGCCUUCAGAUGUGGGUCUUGAUCAUGAGGCACAAUUAGUAAAAGGAUGGAAAGGCCCUGCAAAUGGUAUCAAUGGGAAAAAAGGGGGUAAUGGGAGCAACCAAUGUUUACCUCCGAUCAAGUACUUGCAUUUGCAUGAGUGUGACAGCUUUUCUAUUGGAAUAUUUUGCAUGCCAGCAUCAUCUGUUAUUCCUCUCCAUAAUCAUCCAGGAAUGACAGUAUUGAGCAAGCUUCUAUAUGGUACAGUGCAUGUUAAGUCUUAUGACUGGAUAGAUAUAGACAGAAGCUUCAGUCCUUCUGAAGCUAGACCAGCAAGACUCGUUCGAGACGGGGACAUGUCAGCACCGUGUGGGACAACAGUUCUUGGUCCAACUACUGGUGGUAAUAUCCACUGCUUCAAGGCCUUAACACCUUGUGCCCUGUUCGACAUUCUAUCCCCACCCUAUUCAUCAGAAGAUGGCCGCCAUUGUUCUUAUUUUCGAAAAUCCUCCAAGAAGGAUCAGCCUGCCGACAUUGUUGAAGCUGUUCUGGCAACUGGUGUGAAGCCAUCAGAAUUAGCUUGGUUGGAAGAGUAUCAACCCCCAGACAGCUUUGUUAUCAGACGAGGUUCAUACAAAGGUCGUCCGAUCCGGGUUUAAUUGCGCUCCUUUGGUGUAACAUACUAAUCAGAUUGGUGAUCAGUGAUCGGUAAUCGGCUCUAAUCAUUGUGAAAUAGAGUUUGCUUGCUGGCUGUAUUGUGAAUCUAACACUGGUUGAAAUAAUAAUGUUUAUUAGAGAGCAGCAUGUAUUUUACGGUGUAAAUAUUUCGGCGAUAAACUUCUUAAUAUCUAAAUAGCCUCAAAUGUAACCAUCUAUAGAACUUUGAGUUUCCAUAUAUGCUGCUGUCCUGUUGUUCCUUCCCUCUUUGAAACACAACCAUCAAGAGUUGGGCUCUGUUUUUUGGUUUCAUUCAUUGUAACUGUUACAUGAACUGUGUCUUCUUUAGUGCUA